UGAAGAGACUUUCAUAAAGUCUUCCAUCUUUCCACUUAAAGGAGCUCCAGUGUUAAACCUUCAUUUCAAAUUUGAUCUGAGACGAAGAAAUUUCACAAGUAGAGAGACACAAUCUCACAAUCCAAAUGGGAAUUGCAACAUCUAUGGGGCUCCUCAAGUUUGCUCUUCUCGGCGUCGAUCUUCUUGGCUGGCCUGUUAUUGCUCUGGGCUUUCCCCUGUUUGCUUCAAUCAGGGCAGUUGAGAGUGGUUCUAGAUAUCACAUGAGGAAGUUGGUCAUAUAUUGGACCCUUUUCUCAUUGUUUUCUCUCUUUGAGUUUGCUUUUGAGAAAAUCAUAGAUUGGAUACCUUUCUGGUCUGGUGUAAGACUCAUAGUUAGCUUCUCGUUAGUGAUGCCUCAGUUUGAGGGUGCAUGCCUUGCCUACCAAGGCCUUGUACGUUCAGUUAUUGACAGAUUCGGCAUGCUAAAGGAGGGGAGGCUUUGUAAGAGAGAAAACUUUUGGGAUGUAGUAGAGAAAUACAUCAACGAAAAUGGACCAGAAGCUCUGGAAAAGCUUAUUGCACUGGAGAUGACACGACCAGAAGCAAGAGUGGAAAAUAGACACCCUGAGACUCCUCCCCGCAAGAAAUCUCAGCAAGAAUGGACCUGUCAUUUAUGUAAGGUUACUAACAUGGGUGAGUCAACGUUGAAUGCUCAUCUUCAAGGCAGCCAGCACAAGUCCAAGCUUAUGUCCCUGAAAGCAAGCUUGCUUGAUGAAAAAGAUACAGGACCCUCAUUUUCGCGGCAGGUGCAACACGCACAUUCAUUUUCUGCUGCUUGGGAUCUGAAGGGAACAUAUGCAGCUGCUGAGUUUAAAGAGAGAAUGACACCAAAAGAACCAGAGAACCCUCUCCUCAAGAAAGCUCAGCAAGAAUGGACCUGUGAUUUAUGUAAGGUUACUACCGCGAGUAAGUCAAUGUUGAAUGCUCAUCUUCAAGGAAGCAAGCACAAGUCCAAGCUUGAGUCUCCUAAAGGAAGUUUACUUGAUGCAAAAGAUACGGGACCCUCACCUUUGGUGCAGCACACACAGUCAGUUUCUGCUGCUUGCGAUCUGAACGGAACAUGUGCAGCUGCUGAGUUUAAAGAGGUAAUGCCACCAACAGAAACUGCAGAAAAGUGGCGCAUAGAGACACCUCUCCUCAAGAAAGCUCAGCCAGAAUGGACCUGUGAUCUAUGCAAGGUGACAACCAUGAGUGAGAUAACGUUAAGUGGUCAUCUUCAAGGGAGAAGACACAAGGCCAAGCUUGAUACCAUCCUGAAAGAAAGCUUGCUUGAUGCAAAAGAUACAGGGCCCUGCUCACCAUUGCAGGUGCAGCAUGCGCAGUCAGUUUCUGCUGCUUGGGAUCUGAACGGAACAUAUGCACCUUUUGAGGAUAAAGAGAUAUCGCUGGCACAAGAAACUGCAGAAAAGAGACUCCCAGAAACCCCUCUCUUCAAGAAAGCUCAGCAAGAAUGGACCGGUGAUCUAUGCAAGGUUACUACCGAGAGUGAUUCAACAUUGAAUGAUCAUCUUCAAGGGAGCAACCACAAGUCUAAGCUUGAGACAAACCCUGAAGCAAACUUGCUUGAUGCAAAGGAUACAGGACCUUCACCUCCGGUGCAGCACGCGCAGUCAGUUUCUGCUGCUUGCAAUCUGAAUGGAACACCUGAUGCUGCUGAGGUUAAAGAGGUAAUGCCGCCAAAAGAAACUGCAGACAAGUGGCAAUCAGAGAUCCCUCUCCUUAAGAAAGCUCAGCCAGAAUGGACCUGUGAUCUAUGCGAGGUGACAACCAUGAGUGAGAUAACAUUAAAUGGUCAUCUUCAAGGGAGAGAGCACAAGGCCAAGCUUGAGACCAUCCUGAAAAAAAGCUUGUUUGAUGCAAAAGAUGCAGGACCCUCCACAGCUUUGCAGGUGCAGCAUGCGCAGUCAGUUUCUGCUGCUUGGGAUCUGAACGGAACAUAUGCACCUUUUGAGGAUAAAGAGAUAUCGCUGGCACAAGAAACUGCAGAAAAGAGACUCCCAGAAACCCCUCUCUUCAAGAAAGCUCAGCAAGAAUGGACCGGUGAUCUAUGCAAGGUUACUACCGAGAGUGAUUCAACAUUGAAUGAUCAUCUUCAAGGGAGCAACCACAAGUCUAAGCUUGAGACAAACCCUGAAGCAAACUUGCUUGAUGCAAAGGAUACAGGACCUUCACCUCCGGUGCAGCACGCGCAGUCAGUUUCUGCUGCUUGCAAUCUGAAUGGAACACCUGAUGCUGCUGAGGUUAAAGAGGUAAUGCCGCCAAAAGAAACUGCAGACAAGUGGCAAUCAGAGAUCCCUCUCCUUAAGAAAGCUCAGCCAGAAUGGACCUGUGAUCUAUGCGAGGUGACAACCAUGAGUGAGAUAACAUUAAAUGGUCAUCUUCAAGGGAGAGAGCACAAGGCCAAGCUUGAGACCAUCCUGAAAAAAAGCUUGUUUGAUGCAAAAGAUGCAGGACCCUCCACAGCUUUGGUGCAGCAAGCGCAGCCAGUUUCUGCUGCUUGGGAUCUGAAUGGAACAUUUGAAGCUGCUGAGGAUAAAGAGAUAAUGACACCAAAAGAAACUGCAAAAAGGAGACUCCCAGAAACCCCACUCCUCAAGAAAGCUCAGCAAGAAUGCACUGGUGAUCUAUGCAAGGUUACUACCGAGUGUGAGUCAGCGUUGAAUGAUCAUCUUCAAGGGAGCUACCACAAGUCCAAUCUUGAGACAACCCUGGAAGCAAGCUUGCUUGACGAAAAAGAUACAGGACCUUCACCUCCGGUAGUGCCACACACGCAAUCAGUUUCUGCUGCUUGGGCCCUGAAGGGAAUGUAUGCAGCUGCUGAGGUUGAAGAAAUGAUGCCCCCAAAAGCAACUGCAGAGACCCCUCUCCGCAAGAAAGCUCAGCCAGAAUGGACCUGUGAUCUAUGCAAGGUGACAACCCCGUGUGAAAUAACGUUAAAUGGUCAUCUUAAAGGGCGCAAACACAAGGCCAAGCUUGAGUCCAUCCUGAAAGAAAGCUUGAUUGAUGCAAAAGUAACAGGACCCUCCUCACCUUUGGUGCAGCAUGCGCAGUCAGUUUCUGCUGCUUGGGAUCUGAACGGAACAUAUGCAGCUUUUGAGGAUAAAGAGAUAUCGCCACCACAAGAAACUGCAGAAAAGAGUCUCCCAGAAACCCCUAGCCUCAAGAAAGCUCAGCAAGAAUGGACCGGUGAUCUAUGCGAGGUUGCUACCGAGAGUGAGUCAACAUUGAAUGACUAUCUUCAAGGGAGCAACCACAAGUCCAAGCUUGAGACAAUCCUGGAAGCAAGCUUGCUUGACGCAAAGGAUACUGGACCUUCACCUUCGGUGAAGCACGCGCAGUCAGUUUCUGCUGAGGUUAGAGAGAUAAUUCCACCAAAAGAAACUGCAGAAAAGAGAGGACCGGAGACCCCUCUCCUAAAAAAAACUCAGCGAGAAUGGACUUGUGAUCUAUGCAAGGUGACAACCACGAGUAAGAUAACGUUAAAUGCUCAUCUUCAGGGGGGCAAACACAAGGCCAAGCUUGACGCCAACCUGAAAGAUAGCUUGAAUGAACUUGAAAAGCUUAAUGCAAGCAAGACUGGACAUGUAGAGUGCAGCAAUUCUCAUAGAGAUGUCAAAGUUAUAGAAUCAAAUGCGAAAAAUGGUUCAUCGACAUCACAAGAGGUGCAGUAUGCUCAAUCAAAUGAGAUUCCCAAAAGAACAUAUGCCAAUGCUGAGGUUAAAGAGACAAUGCCACCACCAGAAGCAAGACGCGCAGAAACUCCUCCCCUCAAGAAAGAAUGGCGUUGUGGUUUAUGUAGGGUGAAAGUCACGUGUGAGAAAAAUUUGAAUGAUCAUCUUCAGGGAAGCAAACACAAAUCCGAGCUAGAAUCAGUAAAACAAUGGAAAGAGUGGAGCUGUGGUUUAUGUAGUGUGAAAGUCACGUGUGAGAAAAAUUUGAAUGAUCAUCUUCUGGGAAGCAAACACAAGUCCAAGAUAGAAUCGCUAAAACAAUGGAAGGGAAAGCUGGUUGUUUUAGAGGUUAAUGGGGAGUGUAAACACGUGUGCAUUAUAUGUAAUACGAAGCUGCAUAGCGACGUUGAUUUGGCCUCUCAUGUCAAAGGGAAACUACAUGCCUCCAACAUCGCUGAAAUGGAGAAACUUAAAAUGUAGGCUUCAGCAGGUCAGUAUCAGUAAAUGUUCUUCGAAAAAAUUGUAUAUGCAUUAUUCGAUGCAAUGUGAUGACAGAUUGGCUGUGAGGAUUAUAGGAUCUAGGGUUCUAUGUCUCCUGUUAUCACUUGAAAUAUUUGAAUGAAGGUGGUGAUGUGCUGAAUGGGGUUGGAUUGAUUUGGAAUAUGUGGAAUGAAAUGUUUUGAAUCAAAGCAUGCAGUUAUUCGCUUCA